AUGGCUGCAUGGACAGGGCAGAAAAAGGAGGGCCAGAGACAGCAAGGACUGGAAGACGUCAUCAGGAACAAGAUGUUUCACUUCAUUUGUGUCACCAUUUCAUGGUUCUGCCUCGUCCUGCCCAUUGUGCUCUGUGACAACCUGUUCUGUAACUACAGCCCCAUCAUUGAGAAGGAGAAAACACCUGUCAUCAUCGCGACAGAGUGUUCUGCUAACAAGACGUGCUACAGGGCCGAUGUUCGCUAUGGCAAGCAAACUGUCCUGAAGGGCUUGGGCUGCAUUGACAAGAAUAAGUGUGACAAAAUUGAAAACUACUUGCUGAAAGGAGUUGUCUACACCAUCCAUUACGACUGCUGUGACUGGGAGUUCUGCAACACCUUCUCUGACAAGUCCGUCUCCACCUCCCUCUGCCCAACAGUAGCACUUGUGACUGUUGCUGUUGCGGCCAAUGUCGUGUGGCCACAUAUGCCUCUUGUGGUCUAA